AUGGACGGGCUGGCCGUUUCGGAGGCCCCUGCCUCGACCGCGGAGAAUGAUGGAAUUCAACGAGAGACCGGUGGGGAGGGUGCUAUGGGUUCGACAGAGAACAAGUUCCAGAAGGCGAUAGCCGCAUGGCGGAACAUCGAUCUUUCGUCGUUAAUGCCGCAGUUAGAUGCAACGGCCUCAGAAUUGGUUGCGCAGCAGAAGGAGGCAUUGCUCGAGAGGAAAGAACUAGCUCAAAAAACGAAAGAGUUCCGAAAGCUGGAGGAUGCGGCCAAAUUGACAGAGUACAAGUCGCUCUUGAAAUCGUAUCAGACAUUCAUUGAUCUGAUUACCGGCCAUGGCAAGACCUCGUCGGCCGCCUUUCUUCAGCUAUACCAGCCUCUCUCUGAAGCUCCAGAUCCGUUCCCUCUCCUCGAAGCGUCUGUCGACUCUCUCGUUGCGUCCGAAGAUACCGUGCCUAAGCUUACCACGGAGAACGAGCAGCUGUUGGCCAGAGUGAACAAGUUGACUGCCCAGCUAGAGGAGACGGAACAAAGACUCCAAGACGAGAGCAAGGCAAGAAAAGAUGCUGAGGCCGGAAGAGGAAGCCAGGUGCAGGAGGUGGAAGAAAGAUGGGAGAAGGUGUUGGAGGAAAAGCAGAGCAACUGGACGGCGAAAGAACGGUCCCUGGAGGAGAAGAUUGAGAAUCAAGACAGGUUGCUUAAAGAGCUGAAAGCUAGCUACGAAGUAUCGCAGAGACUUCAAGAUGGAUCUGGCGAAGCUGCCUCUUCCAAAGCCGCGGCAGCCGAGUUGGAAAUGAUGACCUCCGAACUUGAGAAGACAAGUGCUCGCCUUGCUGACAUGGAGGCGAGGAAUGAGCAACUGAGAGUCGACCUCGCUCACGCCACUUCCCAGUCGUCUCGAAAUCACGGUAUUGAAGAUGAUCCUGCCUUCCUUCGCCUCCAAUCAGAGAACUCAUCACUACUUCGGAAAAUCGAGGCAGCAAGGUUUGAGAGGCAAGCAGAAAAACGAGAUUGGGACAAUAAACUACGUCAAGCGGAUAGACAACGCUCUCAAUUGGCAGCAGACAAUGACGACUUGCGUGCUAGAGUGAGCAAAUGGUCUGACUACGAAGACCUGAAGCGGGAGCUUGACACUCUUCGAUCAAUAGAACUAUCCAUGGGCGUCGAGGAGGAUGGCGACGAGACUCCUGCAAACGGGUCGGCGGAGCAUGCUACUCAACACUCGUUGGAACAACUUUUGCUCGCCAAAAACAAAAAGUUGAGCGACGACCUUACCUUGCUACGAGUGUCCCACCAAGAUCUGCAACGUCAGCUGGAAGACCUGCAAGAGGAGUUGUCACGCACCAAUGCCGAGCUUGAGAAAUCUCAAAAACUGUCGUCGACGCUGGAGAAUGAUUUGAUGCGGGUGCAAGAAGAGGCUGAGAGUGUUCUUCCCUCGUCUGGUAUGUCAGUUGCCGGGACUUAUAUCUCUCGACAUCCGGCUGGCUCAUUACGGCGAGGAAGGGCAUCACCUACAUCCUCGAUCAUCUCCGGCUACGACACACAACGGCGGACCAACACUCUUGACUCGCUUCGAGGAGAAGGGGUGGGAGGCGGCUCAGGCAUACUCCCCAUGAUCCAAGGCCAAAGGGAUCGCUUCAAGCAGAAAAACCAGCAACUGGAGGAAGAGCUCUCCAAGACUUAUGCGACAGUCACGUCGCUACGGCAAGAGAUUGCGUCCUUGCAAAAGGAUAACCUGAGCCUCUACGAAAAGACUCGCUACAUCUCCGCCUACAAUCGCGCCCCAGCCACUUCCUCUUCAUCCUAUUCUGGGGCGCCUCCAAAUACUGCAGCGUAUGCUGACGAUACUACUACGACGAAUCGGUGGAAGUCGCAGUAUGAAGCCAACAUUUCACCCUUUGCCGCCUUCCGCGGCCGAGAAGCUGCGCGUGCUUACAAGCGCAUGAGUUUUCCCGAGAGGAUCAUCUUCUCGGUGACGAGGAUGGUUCUUGCCACCAGGCUUUCGCGCAACCUCUUUGCCGGGUACUGCCUUGCACUGCACAUGUUGGUGUUUGUCAUGCUCUACUGGAUGGGCACCGCGGACAUCGAUCGAAGUGCUGUCCACUUGGGCGAAGCGGCGGCCGCAGCAGGUGUUGCAGGGCUUCGGUCCGGCUCUGUUUCUGAUCCUCUGGCCGGAGAUUGGAAGCAGGAAGGAUUUGGAUAG